CCUUCUUCUUGCGCAUGCGUCAUGCAGAGUACCAGAUGGUCUAAUCAGGUAUUUUAACACACGCCAAAGAAAUUGAAUGGGACUUCCAGAAGAUGGCGACCGCUCUGGUGUUGUCAACUUCAGUUCCUGCUAAUCCAGAAAAGGAACACUGCGAAACAAUAAUUCAAAAGGUUUUGAGUCCUGAAUCCGACAUCAAGCAUCCGCUACAAAACAAGUGGGCUCUUUGGUUUUUCAAGAACGACAAAAGCAAAACAUGGCAAGCCAACCUCCGCCUAAUCUCAAAGUUUGACACCGUGGAAGACUUCUGGGCAUUAUACAAUCACAUUCAGCUGUCGAGUAACUUGAUGUCGGGCUGCGACUAUUCACUGUUUAAGGAUGGGAUUGAGCCCAUGUGGGAGGAUGGACGCAAUCGACGAGGUGGCCGCUGGCUCAUAACUCUGUCGAAGCAGCAGCGUCGAGCAGACCUGGAUCGGUUCUGGUUGGAGACGCUCUUGUGUCUUGUGGGGGAAGCGUUCGACAACCACAGCGACGACGUGUGCGGCGCCGUCAUUAACGUCCGAGCCAAAGGAGACAAAAUAGCGGUCUGGACCACUGACUACGAGAACAAAGACGCCAUCACGCACAUCGGGAGCGUGUAUAAAGAGAGAUUAGGCGUUCCGCAGAAAGUCAUCAUCGGAUACCAGUCGCAUGCAGACACGGCCACAAAGAGCGGCUCCAACACCAAGAACAAGUUUGUCGCCUGAGGACCAGCUGACCAGAGUCAUCAGCCACGACUUUUACUGUUGCCAGCAUCGAUUUUCUGUCAAUUUUUCUGUGACUGCAACUGACGAGUUCACCCACUGACGGACACCGGAGGUGGAGAUGAAAAGUUUCUGUUGGCCCGUUUGUUGCCCUUUUUUUUUUUUUUAGCAAAGCCUUUUGUUUACGGUGAGAAAGUGCAGUUCAACUGGAGCACUGAGAACUUUAUUAUUAUUUUGUUUGUGGUGGUGGGCUGAGGAUGACGUUUUUGAUGCCCAGAUUUCAUUUUCAAAUGCAGCUGCACAUUUGUGGAUAAUUUAUUUGAUUUGUCCUCCCUUUAGUGUUUGUCAAUAAUUUUCUUAACGUACUCUUUAAAGGCAAAACACUAAGUAAACCAUUUUGUAAGUUGGCAUAAGCUGAAGCUCUUUGUUCUGUAUUGUGUCGAUAUGAAUGUAUGCCUUGCGUUGUUUGGUGGGACUUUUAACGAUACUUUAACCCACGUCUCCCUGAAAUAAAAUGCGUUGACGUCACAAAUUGAA